AUGGCUUUCGGUGGAUUGCUCGAUGGUUUUUUGAAUGAGAAAUCGCAUGGUGGCGGAGGUGUUGAGAGAAAAACAAGUGCAUUUCAACAACCGGUUCGCAAGAAUACUGCGUUUUCUAUGGUGAGUCGGAUAUUGUCAAACCGCCCGAGGUAUAUAAAAAUUAUUGAGAGCCUAGAACUUGGUUCAGAUUGGGCAACAAAAAAUUUAAAAUGGUUCUCCAGACCCCAAAAAUUAUCAAGUACCAAAAUAUCUACUUUUGAGUUUUCAGUAAAAAAUGUUCAAUUAUUCGAAAACCGUUUGAAUACUUACAAUAAAUAUCAGCAAAAAACAUAACAUGAUACACCAAACUACAAACAAAAACACAAACACAAAAAUCAUCUAACUGGGUCAAACUAAAGUCUAUGUUCACUCUUGCAUAAUAUUUUAAAAUAUUACAAGAACUGUUUAUCUCUCUUUCUCUCGCUCUCUCUUUCUUUUCCUCUAUCUCUCCAUCGCUUUCUAUUUUCUCGCGGCUCAUUCACUUAUUCGGAAGUCAUUUUUUUACUGUUUUUGCGCUUUACCUAACUUUAGGAAACAUUUUGUUAGUGAGAUAUUUCAAAAUUGAAACUUAAAAAAUUUUAUGAAGAAUUUUAAACAAAAAAAAUUAUUGUGAAAAUUUUUUAACAAUUCUCUAAACGUCAAAAAAAAAUAUAACUUUCCGCGUGACACAUUUCACACGUCAACUCGGUUCUUAUUUCUCGCUAUUUUCUGCUCUAAAAAUGGUUUAUCUAAUCUUCAAAUCUAAAUUCUUUGAAAUCUGUCAGUUUCCCCAAUAAAAAUUCCCAAAAUUCAUUUAUAUAUUUACAGUAUCAAGCACAAGACUACAAUACAUCAAACAAUAUGAGUGGAACCCGGAAAUUCAGUUCAAUGUCAAUGAUGCAACAGAAAAAGAUGAGCACAGUUUCGACAGUCACCGUUGAUGUUUAUCCAAAAUAUUCGUGGAACAGUGGAAUGGGAUCAAGUUAG